AUGGCACCCCUCACGCACCUCAUCACGGUCCUUGCCGGACUCGCAGCACUCGCCACGGCGGCACCGACAGACACGUCCGAGGCAACGCCGGCCAUCAAAUCCAUCACCUUCUCGGGCAACGGCUGUCCGCAAAGCAACUCGCCCCGCGUCACCGAGUCAGACGGCGACGGCCUCUCCUUCACCUUUGGCGACUUCCGGGCGUCCACAUACCCGGCCACUUCGCGCACGGCCAACUGCCAGGCCCACAUCAACACGGCCGGGGUCGGAGCCGGGUGGCAGGUGGCCGUGUCCGAGGUGCUGGUGACCGGCAGGGGCAGGAUCGCCGCUGGCGACUCGCUCGACCACUUCACCACCGUCUUCUUCUCGCAGCAAGCUUCGGACACGGUCUCGGCGCAGGGGACCUUUCGCAACAGCAAAAGCGUCGACAGCAGCGCCCCGGAGGAGAUCCGCGCGGCGCCGAGCACCCUGUGGAGCUCGUGCACUACCAGGUCUGACGGGGAUGUUCUCAACGUCAACUUUAGGGUCGCUCUGUUGGAUCAGGGCGCGAGCAGCUUUGAUGUCAAGUCUGAGAAGUUGGUGUUCAAGUGGAGGAGGUGCUGA